AUGCAGUCGCACCGCGUCUUCCGAGCCGGCGACACCACCUGUGCUGUGCUUUCGCUCUCGUCUGUCUGUCUGUCACUCUACCUGCCGCUGCCGCCGUUGUUUGUGUGUCCUCUGUCACGUGCGAAAUCGCCGCGUCCUCUGCCAGACCGCCACGUGCCCGCCCAGAGGUUGCUGUCGGUUAUCGCGCCCCCUUCUGCACGUGCUGCCAUGAUGGAGGAGAGCGCCUCCGCGGUGCCCGCCGCGUCCCCAGCAGACAUGGACACGUACGUGCAGCAGCUGCGGGCCGAGAAGACGCGCCUGGACUCGAACCCCGACCUGUCGCUCACGCAGCGCCUCGUCGCCACAGACAUCAUCAGAUUGUGA